AUAAGUAGGCUACAUGAGCGUCUGCAAGUGGGCGUGUUUCUCUAAUGAUUCAACAGUCUCCGCUCUUGUGUGAAGUCGAGGGCGCGAACGCACUUUUCUGGUGAGAAGGGAACGCAGAAGUCUAACUGACGCGCAGUCUAUCUUCAGCUCUUGCUGUCUAAAAUCGCUUCAUUGUGGAGAGGGCUUCGAAACAUCUUUGGGACACUAUCACCAUGGACGCAUUUCAAGUACUAUCGUUAUAUUUGUUACUCCUCUUCAUUUGGAAUAUACCAUGUUUUCAGUCAGCUGCCAUCAUAUCCCCCUCUAUGCCAAGGAGAAACAAGGGAGUGAAGAUACUUCAUGAUGGACAAAGGUCAACCACAUUUCUCAAAGAGAUCUUCGCAUCUUCCCCUAUGUUAAGCCGUCACCGAGAAGACUUUAAUAAGGAAGCAAUUGUGCCCCACGAUUACAUGCUCUCCAUAUACAGGACGUAUUCGGCUGCAGAGAGACUCGGACUAAACGCAAGUUUUUUCCGCUCCUCAAAGUCUGCAAACACCAUAACAAGUUUUGUGGACAGAGGAACAGACGAUCUCUUGCACUCUCCUUUGCGAAGACAAAAGUAUCUGUUUGAUGUCUCAACCCUUUCAGACAAAGAGGAGUUGGUUGGAGCUGAAUUAAGGAUAUUUAGAAAAGUGCCCGGGGAUUUGCAAACGUCCCCGACAGGUCUCUAUGACAUUCAAUUACUCUCCUGUCGAUCAGAACGGCUACUGGAUUCCAGAUCCCUUGAUCCUCUGGAUUCCCGAAAACCAGGAUGGGAGGUUUUGGACGUGUGGGAAAUGUUUAAAAACCGGCAUCAUUCUGCCCAGGGGAGCCAGCUUUGUCUCCAGCUCAAGGGCACUCUUGGUAAAUCAGAAAUGGAAAUCGAUUUAAAACAGAUGGGAUUUGACAGAACCGGUCGAAACCAGCAAGAGAAGGCCAUCUUGGUGGUUUACACCAGGUCCAAGAAAAGGGAGAACCUGUUCAACGAAAUGAAAGAGAAGAUCAAGUCGCGCGGAUCGGGGAGCAGGUCGGAGGAGGAGAGGGGCCUGCGGUUCAAAGCCAGGCGCCGACGGACGACUGCAUUGAACAAUCGGCAUGGGAAAAGACAUGGCAAAAAGUCAAAAUCUAGAUGCAGUAAAAAGGCUCUGCACGUUAAUUUCAAAGAGCUAGGGUGGGAUGACUGGAUCAUUGCGCCAUUGGAUUACGAAGCGUACCACUGCGAGGGCGUGUGCGACUUCCCUUUGAGGUCGCAUUUAGAGCCAACUAACCAUGCCAUCAUUCAAACUCUCAUGAAUUCAAUGGACCCCAAUAGCACACCUCCUAGCUGUUGUGUUCCCACUAAACUAAGUCCCAUCAGCAUUCUUUACAUAGACUCGGGUAAUAACGUUGUGUACAAACAGUACGAGGACAUGGUGGUAGAGCAGUGUGGCUGCAGGUAGCGUCCUUUUCUUCUGCGACACUUGAACGUAUUUAAACCCCGUAAAAACAAAGAUAAGUCAGUCGGCCCAGGUCAGGAUAUGAAAGCUGUGGCAUAUCUUAAGCACAUAGACCCAUGCGUUCUUGCCAUAUCAUGGUGCACCUAAACUUCACUCAAAAGGGAUCCACGAGAGACAUUAUUUGCAGUGUGGGCCUAUGCAAGCAUAUUUGUGUUGGUCACAUUUAAACUCAGUACAAUCUCACAUAGCCUUAUCUGUCCAAUUGUUGUGUUAAACUAAUACAUACUCCUAGUCUACAUUGCCGUCCAUAUGAUGUGUUUUUCAAUUGCAUAGUCGAUUGUUUCGCUAGGCCUCGACAUGGAUAGACAGUUCGUUAUAAACCAUUAGUCCGCAGGGGAGGAGUGGCUAUCGACAGGCUAGUGAUAAGGCUAUCAUUUGUUCUUUUCUGAGCAGACUUGGAAUUGUUGGUCUUCCAUCAGUGAAUUACGUCCGAAAUGGGCACAGUGGAAUGCACCUGUUCAAACUAGGCCGCAGUCACGGGAUAGCCCUUGUGCAUUGUUGCAGCUCCCUGCAGCGGUCUUGCAAAGAGGACUCAUUUGUAGCGGGUGUUUCCAGGCUCACUGCCAGCAUCCAGCUGAAACUAUCGAGCUCUUCUGAUGCGUUAUCAAUCGGCCCUAGCACCCCCCAUCCUCUCUCUCUCCAAUUUCUCUCUCUCAAAUAUAUUUCUCUCUCUCUCUCUCUCUCUCUCUCUCUCUCUCUCUCUCUCUCUCUCUCUCUCUCUCUCUCUCUCUCUCUCUCUCUCUCUCUCUCUCUCUCUCUCUCUCUCUCUCUCUCUCUCUCUCUCUCUCUCUCUCUCUCUCUGUCUCUCUGUGUCUUUCUGACUCUCUCUCCCUUUCUCUCUCCAAAAGGUGAAUGUAAUCUACCAAACACACAAUGGGCUCUGAGGAAAAGAGAUAACGCAGGUAUGCCUACAAGAGAUGUGUCUGUGCGCCCUGUUUCAACCGAAUGGAGUGCGGGCUCUAGUCACCACAGCCGGUGGGAAACGAAUGCAAGACUUUAACAGACGAUUCUAAACAUGGGCUCUGUGGACAUAGGCAUUCAUAUUGUGCCUCUCAUUUUACAGCUGACUGUAUCUCGAUGACUUGCUGAAGGCACACUGAAAGGCAGUUGUACCCGGUUGCGCACAGGAGCACGUGGGGACACCAGAGGCCACGAUAAAUAACCAAGACAAACAUUUGCAUCUCCAACGCAUCUUACAAAAGGCACUUCCACAACUGACUGCGUCAAUGUCAUGUAGUCAGGAGGAACGCCUUUUUUCGUGAUAAAUCGACUGACCUGAAAAGACUCGCAAACGAGAUAUUUAAAUGCACAUUAGCUUUGAAUGCACUGCUGUUCGUUAUUUGAGCUGUAAAUAUUUGUAUAGUUAAAACUUUACAAGUGCAACGAAUGAAGAAAUGACUAAAUGCAUUUCUUUGUACAUGUACAUACUUUAAAUGCACUCAAAUCGUUAUAAUAUCUAUUCUAUAAUUAUUUUAUUAAUGGUGAUGUACAGAGUUUCAUGAUAAUCAUAUAUUUCUUACAUUGAUAAGAGUAAUUUAAGCUGUAUAAAAACUGUUGAGGGUGGAAAUACCAUUAUUGAUGUCUACCUCAUAAUUACCUAGGUUCUGAGUUCUGAGGUGCAUUCAACUGUGUUAAAUUCUUUUAAAAUGAUAUAUGAAAUUAUACAUUUAUAUAGGCCAAUAUAUAUAUAUAUAUAUAUAUAUAUAUAUAUUAUAGGAUAUUAUUCCACACUAUUACUGUACUAAUAAAGUGAAGAAAACACAUCCAACACUCUUGUUCUUCGGAUGACUUAACUCCCCUUUCUGUGAGCUGAUCCUUUAUGACAGAGAGAAAACAUCGUUUUUAAGUGAUUUAUAACUCUGCUUGUUUCCAAUGAAGUUACAGAUAUGAACCACACUAAUUACAGUACCUAACGUUACUGUAAGUAUAAUGCUAACUCAAGUGGUCUACAUGGAUUUGAUUUGAAUAAUGGGAAAAACUCACACUUCCAUCGGCCCUUUGUGCAUUUUUUCAUGUUGACCAAAAUAAGAAGUGAGAAGAAUGUCUCCUUUGAUGAUUGGAUUAUAUUAACUAUGGGAAAAAUCAUUUGUUUUACCCUUUCUUUCAAAGCCUGUAUAUAAGCAGAGUUGCUAUUUGUUUGUAUAGUGUUCUGUUGCUCAACAAUAUCUAUGCAUAUUUCAAUAAUAUCAGUCUUAUUGGAUCACAAUGAAUCCAUGAUGUAUUUCCAAAUUUUAACCAUUAAAUGUGCUUGAAUGACAAAACUA